GUCUCUUUCGUUUGAAGGUCAGUUUCUCGACCACGAGAUUUUUCAUCUGCUAUGGCAGAAAACAACGGUUCGAUCAAUAGUGUAGCCUGUCGGGAUGAGAAAGAAACGAUAGUACUCUGUCGAGAUGUCUCGAGAACAAUGAGAAAGCUUAUGGGUGGUCGUCCUCUCAGGGGAGAAGUAAAAGAAAAUCCUUGGUUUACUAUUUAUGAAGAUUCUUUAUCAUGUCAUCUCUUCUACCUUACACAACUUUACUACGGUUCGAUUUUCUUAAAGAUGAAGCGUUGCAGGAAAAAAUAUUUUUGCCUUAUUUCUUCACGUAGAAUCGCAUCUUUCAUGAUUCUUGGGGCGUUCUGUACAAUAAAUUACUGUAAAUAUAUAUAUCAUUACAAUUAAUACUAAUGUAUUUUGAAUAAGUAUUAAAAGUAGAGAAAGUAAUUUUACUAGAAAAGGAGAAAGAAAUUCGUGACUGUAAAUAAUUGGAGA